GCUUCAAUUUAACACAUCCCACAAAAUGGAAACGCAAACAUUCUCCACGGUAUCUAUGCCGCACGAUUUACUUCCGACGUAAAUGCUAACUGUAAAAAAAUGUGCGCUUACAACUCAUUCAUCGGAUAUAUUCAUUCUGGCCAUAGCAAGUUCCCAUCAGUAAGUGCAAACUGGCAAGUGGGACGAAAGUGUUGACGAUGAAAGCAUUGUUUUUGCUUGUUUUGAUUACCAUCCACGAAUGCUCCAGUAUCUCUAUCAACAAACCUGGGGAUUUCGGAGAAAACGAUCGAAAUGCAACCGAUAGGCAGCUGUCACUGUCCAGGAAGAAGAGGUUUCUGCUUUUUCCAGUUGGUGCCGCUAUUUUGGUAACAGUAUCCGGCGCAAAAGCAAUGGUAUACAAAGGCCCUGGAGGAAAUUUUGCCAUCUUGGAACUGGACAUGUAUCACCCGCUUCCGGACUUCAAUAACCGUUUUACACAAUUCAAACUAGGUGAAAUAUAUUACCCACCAAAGCCUGCACCCAAGCCAGCACCACCCCCUCCACCGGUACCAGCUCCUGCGCCGCCACCUCCCCCUGAAAAUCCUCACGAUCAUCACGAUGGACAUGAACUGUCGGAAAUGGAAUUGCAAGACUACUUGAAAACGCACCCGGAUACGUGGGUACCUCCAGGAUACGGCAAAGAUAGAUCUGACUGGUUCCCAAAGAAUACUUACAAUCCGUAUCCAAAUUACUAUCGACAAACACCGGCUGCAAAUUAUAUUCCAUUCGAAAGUAAUAUGUUGGACGUCAAUCCUUCAAAUUCUUACCGUAUGAGAAGGUCUGGCAAAACAGUAACGGACUAUCAUAUUGAAGAAGAUGAGGAUCGAUAUAAUAUAAGUCAUCAUCGCAACUGGGAGCAUUACUACCAUUAUCGGGAAAAGCGAGACUUGUACCAAUCACUUGAACAGGCACUUGGACAGAAGCUUCGAUUCCAGAUGAAAUCCUGUAUAUUGCGCGCCAUAUGUGAAGCACGAAGUUUGCUUCUUCCACCGGGCAGGUCUAUGAUGAUGGACAUUCUAAGGAUUGUAUUCAGUGUUCCACUGAAGGAUGACCUCCAGGAUGAAUACAGUAAGGCGAUGAGACAUGAAAAUAUGGAUUGCCAUGAAGUGUAUGGAAAGGAUUGCUCUGUCAGUAUAUUGUAUCUGAUCCUAUUUGGAAAGUUUGUAACGUAAUAAAAAAAAAACAAAAUGUAAGAAAACCUCGUUCUAACUGUUAUUUAC